UCCUCUUCAUCCUGUCCUUCACCGCUGGGAUGCUGCCCACUGGGGCAAAGGGCACAGGGGAAGGGGGACUUAGUAGGUUAAUUAUUAACCCUUAGCAACUUAGGGCACCGCAGGCUUCUCCCGAGGUGGAGGGACAAGGACUGGCUUGGGGCUGGAGAGGCGGCGAUGGCCCCAGCAGCAGCCGUGGGGGUCACGCUGCUUCCAAUGGCCUCGCUGCGCUGGUUCCACCGCGCGAUUCCUCUCGCACUCCUCUUGCUGCUGCUGCUUUAUCUCUGUGCUUGGAGCUUUCGCGCUGUCUCAGGCUGCAGAGCCGGGACACAGUCGUGCUUUCCCGAGGGAACGCCGCCUGUCCAGGUCCCGCUGCAGUCGGGUCCCCUGGAGGUCCCCGAGUGGGAGGAGCCUCAGUGUGUGGGCCCCCAGGGGGUGCUGGGGCGCGUGAUGGGGCCGUUCCACGCCAGUCUGAACCCCGAAGGGGAUGUGGCGUUGUCGCAGUACCUAGCUGGAUGGAAGGCGCUGGUCAGGUUCCUAAUUCCCCUCGGCUCCAUCUUCGCCUUCGCCACAAGCGAGGCCUUCGCCAAAGUGACAGCCCUCGAGGCUCGGGUGCACGGCCCAGAGGCGGCGCACUACUCGUCGCUGGCGGCCAUGGUGGCGUGGGAGCGGCGGGAGGGACUGCUGGAGCGCCCCGGGAUCGCCCCUCCAGACACCGCCAUCUCCUCGGGCUCACGGAUCCUGCUCUUGCUGCACCGAGCGCUGCGCUGGUCCCAGUUCUGCCUCCACCGGGUGGCGACCGGGACGCUCGGAGGCCCGGACGCCGGCGUGCAGUGCAGCGACGCGUACCGCACGGCCCUGGGCCCGCACCACCCGUGGCUGGUCCGCCAGGCCGCCCGCCUCGCGUUCCUCGCCUUUCCGGAUCGCGACCGCUGGCUCGAGCUCGCGUGCCCGGGCGCCGGGAAGGCGGAGGCGCGGGCCGCGCUGGUCCGGGUGGCGGGCACCCUGGAGGAUGUCUACAACCGCACCCAGGGCUUGCUGGCCGAGCGGGGCCUGCUCCAGCUGGCCUGAGGCCCCCUGCGGCGGGCACCCGCCGACAGCCGCACGCCCCGAGUCCAGCGGGCCGGCCCCCGCCUAGGCAAGCCAGGGGGCGGGGCCGCCGGAGCCGCGGCUCCGCGUGACGUCACCGUCUGGAAGCCCCGCCCCCGGCAGGCCGAGAGACUCACGCUCCCCCGGGCCCGCUCCCAGCCACUCCCAAGGCUGCGGUUGCCAACUGCGGGCCAACUCUCCGGCCCAGACCUGCGCCCUGAGCCCUGGCCCCCGCACAGCCGGCUGCUUCCUGGACGCCUUCACACACGCCGCAAACGCAACACGUCCCACGCGGAUCCAUCCCCUCCUCCCACGACUGCACCACUCCGUGUUGUCCCCUGUCUCUGCCAAUAAGUGGCACCCUCUCCUUUCAGCUGUCCAAGCCUAAAACCUGUGCGUCAGGACUCACACCAAGCACGCGCUCAGCUCCGUGAUGUCUGUUCAUUAAAAGACCUCCUUGGCCACUCCCACGACAAUUGUGAACAGGAAAGUGUGUGGCCGUUUCAUACGCUGAGAACUCUCAAAUUGUGAGUCCCCUCCACUUUCCCCUGCACCCCAGAAUCCUAUAUAUACACCUACUUACUAGAUAUCUUCACCUGGAUUUCUACCAGACAUAACGAACCUAACAUGUCCAAAACUGAGCUUCUCAUACCCCUUUCUCCCCCGCCCCCAAACACUUCCUUCGUAGUCUUUGCCAGCUCAAUAAAUGACUACUCCGUUCUUCCAGGUCCUUAAGUCAAAAACUUGUAGUCAUCCUGACUUCUGUUUCUCUCUCAUCACACCCACAUCUAAUCUGUCAGAAUCUGACCAUUUCCCACUCUCUUCACUGCCACCACCCUUGUCAAGCCAACUGUAUAUCCAUCACGUGGAUAAUUACGAUAGCCUCCUAAUUUUCUCUCUGUCCCAUCCUCGGUUUCCCUAAUGUGUAUUUUCAAUCUCAAUUUCAGCCAGCCAAAGUAAUCUCUUAAAAUAUAGAUCAUAUCCCAUCACUUCCAGGCUCAAAACCUUCCAGGGGCCCCCUAUUGCACUCAGAUGAAAAAAAAUUAAGCAGUAAAUUUUCUGGAUCCUAUUUUCAGUUGAGAACGAAGAAAAGCUUCAUAAAGGUCCUACGUGAUCUGACUCUGUACUGGCCAAAUUGACCUCUUCGAUUUUCAUUCCAUAUUGCAGGCAUGAUCCUGCCUCAAGAUCUUUGUACUUGCUCUUCCCUCUGUCUGGAAUGCUUUCCCCCCAAACAGAGAAAUGACUUCCCUCAUUACUUCCUUCUGGACUUUACUCAAAUGUCUCCUCAGGGAGACCUUCCCUGAUGAUUCUUUUUAAAAUUUCAACACACACACACUUCCUAUUUCCCUUUCCUACUGUUUUUUUUAAUCUUAAUAUGAGUCACUAUCUAAUAACAUGUUGUAUAUUGUACUUAUUUGUUUUGUUUUGUUUCCAUUGCGAAAUGUAAGUUGCACGCAACAGGGAAUUUCUAGACAGAAAUUUGUUUUCUGAUGUACCCCCAGUGUCUCAAACAGUGCCUGUCUCCUAGUAGACAAUCAGUAGCUUUUUGUUAAACGAAUGUCUGAACACUCAAAAUGGGUCAGAUGGCCGAAGCCAGGAGUCCAAAAGAAAAGAGGGGGUUGCAUAGUAAUGCAAGAAUACUUAAUGUUGCUGAAUCAUACAUCAAAAAAUGGUUGAAAUGCUGAAUUUUAUG